UUUAACAAAAUACAAACCGCAAACCGCACUGUGAGUGUUUUAAACCGCAUUAUGCGGUGCGGUUUGGUGCGGUGCGGACGAUUUAUGCGGUUUGUGCGCUUUAUUGCACACCUCUACUAAAAAACAAAAUACACUUGUGCCAUGUGUGCAAUGCUUACAAACCUCAAGGACCAAGUGCAUAGAGGUUUUCAUAAACACGCGAGUUUUAACAAUCUAGAGGGACCAAUUGUGUAAUUUGUUUUUCUAAAGGUUUGAAAAUUAAAAUGAAUUCACAAGUAUUUUGCUUCCAUUCCAAUCCCAAAAAAAAUAAAAAAUAAAAAAAAAAAAAAAUAAUUAGAUGAAGACAAACAAAGUCAAUGGUCGGACAUCCGCUAGCAGCACAAGAACCAGACGAAAUCAUCCCGUUCACUGCCGGACUUCUGAAGCUCUUUUCUGGAUACAAGAGAUAUUGUGAAGAAUCAAAGGUCCGAUCAGGAGAAACUAAACGACGAUGUUACCCACACCUAUCAAAGAUACCAACUCCUCUUUCAUAUUCCCAGACCAGACAUGUCAACGUUUUACUCUUUCUGAGAUUCAAUCGGCAACCCAAAACUUCGAUGAGGCUUUAGUCAUUGGCCGGGGAGGAUUCGGCAAGGUGUAUAAAUGUUACAAAAUCAGGUCAAUGACCGAAGUUGCAGUCAAACGAUUGCACUCCAUGUCCAAUCAAGGAGCCAAUGAAUUUGAGUCGGAAGUCAAGGUCCUCUCUAAGCUGCGACAUGGUAAUCUCGUAUCCUUAAUUGGUUAUUGCUAUGAAGAAAAAGAGAUGGUCCUCGUUUAUGAGUUCAUGCCGAAUGGAACACUUGAAGAUCAUCUUCGCUCACCGGAUUCCUCUUUAUCCUGGUUACAACUACUCAAGAUAUGUAUAGGGGCAGCUCGAGGAUUAGACUACCUUCACAUGGGUACAUCAACUCAACAUGGAGUCAUACAUCGUGACGUGAAAACCUCCAAUAUUUUGUUGGAUGCAGACUUCGCAGCUAAAAUUUCUGAUUUCGGAUUGGCUAAAGUUGGGGUAAUUGAUCAGACACGAACACAUAUGAGCACAGCUGUGAAAGGGACAUUUGGGUAUAUGGAUCCGUGCUAUUUCUAUACAGGAAAAUUGACAAUGAAAUCGGAUGUUUACGCUUUUGGUGUUGUACUCUUUGAAGUGUUGUCAGGAAGAAAAGCUGUAGAUUCAACCCUUGAUGAAGAGCAAUGGGGUUUAGCAGCUUGGGCUCAACAGCAAAUCAAAGAAGGAAAACUCAAUCAAAUUAUUGACCCGCGACUAAUCGGACAAAUCUCCAGAAAGUGCUUGAAGGAGUUUGCAAGCAUAGCAGGUCAUUGUUUACACACCCAACCAAAACACCGCCCUACCAUGGCGGAGGUUGUGGUGAAACUCGAGUCUAUUCUAUCACUAGAAAGAGAUUGCACCAAUCAUAAUAUUGAAGAAGAUGGAUUCAUUUACAAGCUUAGAUCUUUUUUCACAGGCAAAGUUGAUUCUGGAAUAGAAAACAAAUCUGAUUUCAGUUCUCACGAUAAACAAAUAGUAAUCACACUUGAUACUACAAAUGAAGUCAUUACAAAUCAAAGUUUCAGAACUUUCACGUAUGAUGAGUUGGUGAUUGCAACAAAUGGUUUCAAAGAUGAAGACGAAUCCACAGCUUUAAAUGAAUACAUUUACAAAGGUUGGGUUGAUGAAAGGACAUAUGCGCCAACAAAACAUGGUGUUGGUUUACCAAUGCAUGUUAGAAAGAUGGAGAUUUCAACACAAAAGAAGGACAUCAAAUUUGAAGAUUUCAAUCAUCCCAACCUUGUAAAACUCUUGGGAUAUUGCUUGAAUAAUCACGAACUAUUUUGUGUUUACGAGGACAUUUCAGCCAUAACUUUGGAUAAAUAUCUUUACGGAGAGUCAGGUAGAACUUCACUUUCUUGGGUUGCACGAUUAAAAAUAGCAAUAGGAGCAGCUGAAGGCUUGGUUUAUUUACAUAAGAGGAACCAGCCAGCAUAUAGCCAAUUUAAGACCGAUCUUAUAUUGGUGGAUACGGAUUUUAAUGCUCGGCUUUCGGAUUUUGCUUUUGAUCCUUACUCAUUCCAAUUGGAUGCAUAUUAUUACGCAGCCCCUGAGUGGUUUCGUUACCAAGCAGACACAUUUGAUGGUGUUGACCCACUGCGGCUGCCUGAAGGUUUUGCAAUCAAGAGUGAAAUCUAUGCUUUUGGAGUGGUACUGUUGGAAAUACUAACAGGGAUGAAGGUGUAUGAUAAGAGGAGACCCCUCGGAAAGCAAAAACUGGUGGAAUGGGCUAUUCCAUUGCUAGCAGAUAAGGUUAAUAUGAGAAAGAUUAUGGACCCACGACUUCAACACGACGAUUCUUCCACAAAAAGAGCAUUCAAGUUGGCUCAACUUGUUUCAAAAUGCCUUCAACUAAAACAAGACAAGCGCCCAUCAAUGGAAUAUAUCUUGCAGGUCUUGCAUCAUUGCUAUCAAAAGGAAAUCAAAACCGUUUGACUCUUAAAAGUCAACCAUAAUCGUUCUGAUAUUAAUAGACCUGUGAAUGUACAGUAUACAAGCCUCGCAAUCAGUUGAAGAAACAAGUAGGAAAGAUAGUGCUGAAUGAAUGCUUGAUCCAUUUGUAGAAUGUCUAAAUAAAGUUAAUAUAUAUCUCUUUGAGAUUUUUGAGACACAUAUUCGGGACACAUAUUCGGAACUCAUAUUGAAAUUCAACAAGAAUCAAGUAGUUGGCAAGUA